ACUGAUUUAGUUCACGAAUUCUCUGUGGAAACAGUCCAACGAUUACCUUCCAUGUGAGAUGUUUUUAUUUUUCUUGUGUCUCGCUUUCUGCUUGGAGGUAACCAGUCCGAAACCAUGGAAGAUAGCUGUUAACGAAAACGAUAACCCUGAUGGCCUAAAAAAAAACACGAUUUUAGAUCAGAUCGAAGAAGCAAACGAAGAGGACCACGUUGAUAAGAAAGUCAAAAACAUUUUCGAGGCUGACAUAGAGCUGACUAAAAGUGACAGAGCGGGCGUGGACACCAAGAAUCAGAACUCUAAAGAUAAUGCAGAUGUUGAUGUAGACAGUGUGCUUACCAAGCGCAAGGCCAUCAGUUCCCGGCGACAUCUAUGGGUGACUAAGGAGGUACCUCUUGAGCUAGCGGUAUCGGCAAAAGAUGGUUAUAACAAUAUUAGGGCGGCCUUAGGCGAAAUUCAGUCAAAAUCGUGCAUUCGAUUCAGGAUGAGGGACAAAGAUGACGAUAACUGGAUACGUUUUGUUAAUAAAAGCGGUUGCUUUUCACCAGUUGGCCGUCAAUAUGCCUCACCCGGAGCGCAGGAGCUGUCCAUCGGUAUAGGAUGCAACCAUAAGGGGAUUAUUAUGCACGAGUUGCUGCACGCGCUUGGCUUCUGGCACGAACAGUCCAGGUCAGACAGAGAUGACUUUCUUGAAGUGCUCUGGGAGAACAUCCAGAAGGGGCAAGAACAUAAUUUUAACCGCUACAAACCAAAGGAUAUGGAUUUCAAUGGUGGCUCUUACGACUUUUCGAGUAUUAUGCAUUAUGGGAACUACGCGUUUUCCAAAAACAAGAGACCAACCAUGUUGUCUGUAAAGGAUCCGACACUACAGUUCGGGCAAAUCGCUAAACUGAGCCCAACAGAUGUAAUACAACUUAACAAUGUAUACGACUGUAAAUCCGACAAAAGUCGUGGUUGGAGUAACUGGGGUAACUGGGGACCCUGUGACAAGAAGUGCACAAGGGAGAGAGAAAGAUUCUGCUCAGCAAAGAAACUGGAAAAGUGUCCGGGAGCAACAAAGAGAUACAGA